GCGAGGGCGUUCGCGGUUGAGGUUCCCGCUUAGCUCACUAACGUAUUCUUAAACUCGGCAGACCCCCAUCACCGUCACUGUCACGUCGUUCCCAACGUCCUCAACGCCGCUUUUUUCGUGAUACCGAGGAAAGAGCAGAGGUUAACGGGUGGUGCUGGACUUGUCAACAUGGACGAGGGUGCAGACAGUAGGGCGGACAAUGGCGCAGUGCCGAGCGUCAUGGGGAAGCGAGCCAGAGCGGACAAGGACAAAUGCACACCGGAAUCCUCGGAGGCGUUCGAGGUUUCCAUGGAGCACCUGCAAUCUGGGGCCUCUUGUUCAAGCCCACUAUCCCCUCCAGCCAUGGAAAUGGGUCCGGUCUCCAGCAUGGAUUCCCGAAGACCAGCCGUGUGCAUCGUGACGCCUUUGAAGACUAUCGAGCCAGAGCUUUCCGUUUUGACGCCCUACCUUUCAUCGGACGGGCACACGGACGAAGCGCCUGAUUCGCUCGGCGAGAGAGACUGCCCAAGAAUCAACACACUGUUGGUCGACUACUCGAACAGUCCCACAGUCAACAGCGUCGACCUCCCGCAGCCUCAUGGCGGGAUUGUCGGCGACAAGGAUUUGGCAACCGGUUCCUUCGUCCAGCACUCCAGAGCACUUUCAGAAGCUUUCCCGAUGCACUGGAACAUUUUUGUAAAGAACGACGUCGCAGGGCAUUCCUCAACCAGAAGGAGGAAGCUGAAUAGCGUCCUCAUCGUCUGCACUCAGCUCGCAGUGGUACUCAUCCUGAUUCUUGUACUCAUGGCGGUGCUCUUCGCUAGGAAGUCGCUGCGCAACUACCGCUACAAGAACCCAAUUAAAGCAGCCGAUGUGUGUUCGAACGCGGCUUGUGAGAUGGUCGUCGCGAUUGUGGCCAAAUCUGCGGAGCUAGACGUGUCGCCCUGCAGCAACUUCUACCGACACUCCUGUGGCAGGUGGCACACCGGGAAUCAUCUCAGGUCAAGCUACAUUUCAGAGAACAGCCUCGCCUUCCACGUUCGUGUGCAACAAAACCUGGAAGCGUUGGCCAAUGACAGCAGGCUCGCUGACCUGAACAGCCACAGGAUGGCCAUUUUCUACGCAAGCUGCGAGCGGUUUAGGCUAGAGCAUCGACACACAACGGUGGAGGACGUCCUUCGCUUGUCUGGAAUUGACGCGAAGUUGUGGCUCAGUGCUCGUUCAUUCCAGCAACUUUUUGCAACAGUCAUCGCAGAGUGCGUACGCUCAGGCUUCACGUCCGUGGUCAACAUACAGUGGAGUGGUCAACUGGUCUACGUGGACAGUGGCAAAUCUGUAGUCCGCACUAUGGUGGAAGAGAGAAACCAGGUCGUGUCGUUCAUAGAAGCUGCAUUUCUUGCCCUGAAGAUGGAGCUAAACAACAGGUCAAAAAUGGCGAUCGAGACUCUAGACAGCGUGCUGGACGAUGCUCUUGUGACUGCGUUUUCCGAGUUCCAGCCCACGACCAUUCGUCAGCUGCCCACCCAAGCCUUGAUUUCAACCUGGGUUCGGGGUCUCAACCGUGGAUUGCAGAACAAGUUGGUUGUCCAGCCUGAUACCUUGGUUCUUGCCCGCAACCUCUACAUCAUCAGGCACGUCAUCUGGAUCAUGAGCUCGGUAGAACUGAACUUGGCGGCCGUCUACUGCCUGCUCCUAUCCUUGUCGCAGAUCAUGAGAUAUGCCUACAUACUGGGUGGCGCCGGGGAGGAAAGCCAUGGUGACGGCUUCUGCCUCUCGGAGACAGCGCAGCGAUUUCCAGUGCAGUUCCCUCAAUGGAUGGCGCAGACAAUGGAGACCAUCGAGUCACGCGACUAUGUCAAGUUGAUGGUUUCUACGCUCGGAGAAGCUACCUCCAAACAUGCUGACAUAUUAGAGGGCCUCCGUCUCAACAGCACAUAUAUGUCCCAAUUUCGGAAGAUUAAUGUGUCUAUCUUCACAGACAUGACCGACGACGUGCCAGCGGAACCAGGGCUCGCUAUGGAAGUGGACAAUUUUAUAAUGAACGUGAUCAGACUGAGCGCCAAAGGUCUCUCAGAAUACGAAAACAGAUGGAUGCAGCUCUCCACGCAGCAGAUCAAAGGUAACCUGAUGUACGACGGCACCUCUCUGGUCGUGCCCACGAUGCAGCUCACGGGAGACAUGCUGCAUGCGGAAGCGUUGGCUCCCGUGCUGGACUACUCCACGGUCGGCGUCCAUAUCCUGGUAGAAUGGGCACGCAUAUUUCUUGAAAGAAACCCCGCCUUGGAGGCUCGAAUGGCAGCGUAUCGGAAGUGCACGAGAGACCGAUCCAACAACGAGCUACCAGACGGUGACGUCCCUGAUAGCAUCUUGAGCUGGAUGCUGUUCGUGCCUUGGGCACUUGACGUCGCAUUACUGGCCGCGCAUAUGAGGUCAUCCACGGCCGCCAAGGAAGCCAACGUCAGAUCCGCGGAUCAACUCUUCUUCCGCCGCUUUUGCCAUACAACCUGCGGAGACCAUCGCGCGGCCGCACUGUGCUCGUACGGCACACGCCAUUCGGUGAUGUUUGCUAGAGCAUUUGGCUGCCAGCGAGUUUCGAAGCUUGCCUGCUAAUGAGUUCAGUGUCAUGAUAGCUGGACUUGGUUGGGCAGCGAAAACAUCAGGCGAUGCCGCUAUAGUUGUGCAGAAGCAUUUUUUAUACGCGUAGGAAAUUUUAUCUCUGAAAAAACUUAUUUAUUCAUACUAAUCUUGCACGGCACGGGAAUCCUUUGUGGGACCCUUGCCAAUAUUACGUGCGUGGAUCUUUUUUUCCCGUUUGUAUUGCAUGAUAGACUUUUUUGCAACAGUGAAUCUCCUCACGCGGUGAAUGGAUCUUUCUUUCUCACUGUGUAAAACUAUUGUAUUUGUGUUCACUGCGCGGUGCUUGUGGUGCUUGGUUGUGAAUGCUAUGUCUUUCUGAA